AUGCAGCACAAGUACUUUCAACAGCUCCAUCUUGAUGUCCUGUGCAAAAGCAUAUUCCUUUCAGGGCUACUGCUCUUCUUGCUCUACACCUUAUUGUUCCAUAACCAUGCUAACACUACUACUAUCCUUCCUCUUCUAACCCUUCCUCACAAAUGGAGCACUGGUGGUAGUCAUGGUGGUGAUAGUAGGACUUUUCUUCCAUCGGAUCGAGAGGAUCUUUCGCCAACCGAGAUCAGCCACGUGGGGUUCGUCGUGAUUGGCUCGUUGCGCACCUGGAGGUGGAGAAAGCACUACAUAGAGCCUUGGUGGAGAACAAACGUGACAAGAGGUUAUGUAUUCUUAGACAAGGAGCCCACGCCAGAGUUCCUACCAUGGCCCGCCACCUCCCCACCAUACCGAGUGAGUAGCAAUUUCACCAACCUAAAGGUCUACCCGAAACUUGUCAACUCGUCUCAGGUCCGAAUGGUUCGAGCCAUCCUCGACAUGUAUCAACAGGGUGAUCAGGCUAACAAAGGGCUUAGGUGGUUCGUAGUGUGCGACGAUGACACAUUGGUGUUUGUGGAUAACUUGGUGGAGGUUCUAAGCAAGUUUGAUCACACCAAGUACCACUACAUUGGAGGCAACUCCGAGAGUGUGAGGUCCAAUGCCGACUUCUCAUUCGACAUGGGGUUCGGUGGAGCUGGCUAUGCAUUGAGCUGGCCUUUAGUCGAGGCACUGUCGAACAAGCUUGAUGGUUGCAUCGAGAGGUACACACGAGUGUUCUCUAGUGACCAUAUGGUUCAGUCCUGUUUGGCUGAUCUUGGAGUUGCUGUAGCUCAUCAGAAGGGGAUUCACCAGAUUGAUCUCCAUGGUGACAUCUCAGGCUUUCUAUCGACACAUCCACAAGCCCCUUUGGUAACCCUCCACCACUUCGACAUGAUAGAUCCGAUCUUCCCAUCCAUGGACCGCCCUCGAGCCAUUCGACACCUCAUGAAAGCAGCAGAAGUCGACCAAUCUCGUCUCACUCAGCAGACUAUCUGCUAUCACAGGCAGAGCAACUGGUCUGUCUCGGUUUCCUGGGGCUACUCUGCUUACAUAUACGAGAACAUCAUCCCGAGAAGCACGUUGAUCAAGCCCCUCGAGACGUUCAAGGCAUGGGUUAGGAACACUAAGUACCCGGCUUUCAUGUUCAACACGAGGUGGCCGAAUGGCAACGCUUGUGAGUCCCCCCACGUGUUCUACUUCCAGUCUGUCGACGACUGGAAGGAGAACAAUAACACGUCUGAAAUAGGAGGGAACCAAGUCGUCACUAGAUAUGCUCGAAAGUGGCCAGCUAACUUGCAGCCUUGUGAGUUGGCCGGGAACCACUCUGCCAGUCCUGUGGAUGAGAUUCGGGUGGUUUCUCCAGGGAGGACUCGGAAGAUGGCUGGUGUGAUGGAAUGUUGUGACGUUGAUCACAAGGUUGGAACUACUGUCGUGGGUGUCACGAUAAGGAGUUGCCAGAAAGAUGAAGUCGUUGCCUAGAAAUGGCUCGAUCGCCACCUGAAAGAAGAAUGCUGUUGAAACAAAGAACUACGU